CUUUCCUCGCGUGUGUGAAACAAGCUCUUGCCCAAACUGUAGUCUCGAAGAGUAGAGAGGCCGGUUUCCCAGGGGAGCCGUUGCCGUGUCUUUCUCCCUCCGUCCUCUGCAUCCUAAUCCCGUUUCACAGCAGCCGAUCUUGAGUCAAUGUCUUGAUCUGGAGUGCCGCUAAGGAAAGGCGCCUGCGGGGUGAGACUCAAAAACCAGUUAAGCGGCAGCAGCGGUUGCAUGGUCCUUCUAUCUCAAUGCAGACACGCCGGAUUAGGGGUGCAGGGAGUGCAGCGGGUGACUGGUUUGAACUCUGUAACAGUAUAUCCCAAACGCUUUUAGUCACCCAUUCAUUCAUUCGGAGCCAACGUGGGAAAGUUGGAGGCGCAGGGAAAGUCUUCGAGGGACGAGGGCUGUGUGGGUGUGUAUAUAUGUGUGGAAACUCCCUAGAGGAAGUGGAUGCCUCCGCUCCUCUCCGUUGUCCCGGGAGCGCGAUUCUGGCAGGGUAGCGGCGGGCGGCCCAUGGCGAACCAGUCGCAGUGCCUGGACGAUGCGCCCUUCCGAGGGUUCCUGCGCUGCUGGGAGCCCAGCCCGCCCCAGGCCUACAGCGAGGCGCAGCGCCUGGCGCUGGAGGAGCUCAUCGCCGGCGGGCGGGCCGCUUUCCGAGCCUUCCUGCGCCGCGAGGAGAUGCGCGCCUUCCUCUCGGAGCCCGAGAUCCAGGCCAUCCUGCGCGCCGCUGUGCCGCCGCCCGGCGCCGAGGAAAACUCCUCCUCGGCAGGCGCGGAUCAGCCGCUGAACGGCUCUCUGGAUUGCUCGUCGCUCACCUACUUCCCGGUGCAGUCCGACGUGGAGCCGCCAGUGCUGGAGCUGGGCUGGCCGGCCUUCGUCAGCGGCUCUUUUCGGGGGCUCACGCGGGUGGAGACGCAUUUCCAGCCCAGCUUUGGCGAGACCGUCUACCCCUGCAAGGAAGCGGUGCGCAAGCAGAUCCGAUCGGCCCGGGAGGUCAUUGCUCUGGUUAUGGAUUUCUUCACAGAUAGCGAUAUCUUCAGCGAUCUCCUAGAAGUCUGUAGGAAGCGGGAAGUUAAAGUGUACAUCCUCUUGGAUCAAGUUACCUUUCCCUACUUUCUGAAAAUGUGCAAAGAUCUGGGAGUUGAAUUGGAACAGGAAAAGUUCCUCAGGGUCCGGAGUAUUACUGGAAGAACAUUCUACACAAGAUCUGGAAUUAAAUUACUUGGGAAGGCCCGUGAAAAGUUCAUGUUGGUUGAUGGCAUCAGAGUGACAACAGGUUCCUACAGUUUUAUUUGGACUGAUGGAAACCUGAGCAGCAGCAAUAUUUUAAUUCUUUCUGGUCCUGAAGUGGCACAAUUCAGACGGCGAUUCCGGAUCCUCUAUGCACAGUCAAAACUUGUCAAUACGAAGAUGUUGGUUGCUUGCAAAAAUGCUAGGGUUGAGCAGUUUUUUAGGAAAGUCAUGCCUUCCAAUGAGCUGUGUGAGAGAAAUAUCUUGAGAAUGGAUUUUUUCUACCUGAGAGCAUUUGCUGAAAAUGUGAAGGACAAGCAGGCAUUUUCACGAGUUUCCUGGGACACAAGGUGUGACUCUGACAUUGUAGUAAAUGUGCCUCCACCAGUAACAAAGAGGAAACAUUCUGUAUUCAUAAGAGCACAAAGGAGCAUACGGUGGUGAAGAGGAAAAUCAUCUUGGAAAUAGUUUGUAUUACCUCGUGCUGUAUGCUAGACAAAUGUGACAGUAUUCUGGGAGAGGAGACUUGUCCAUUUGUCUCAUCGGCACACAGACAUAACAUUAUAGAACAAAUUCUGCUUAAAAUGGAAGAAUCCAUGUCACGGGUGCACACUGCAGCUAGGUUUAGGCAUCAGGGAACCUGUUACUAGGGAGUGGCAGCCAGCCUUUGGAUGUGUGGCAUGUGCGUGCCAUUGCCUCUAGUAAGAUUGACUCAGAGCAACAUUCCUAUGCAUUCCUAUGCACCCAGUGCCCACUUUGCUGCUUCUUUUUUUAGGCUUGUUCACAUGAGCAUUUAAGUGGCUAGGAGAAGCAUCCUACCCAAUUUUGGGAGUUGUGUGCACACCUGGUUUUUGAUCGUCUGAAAACAACAAUCCCAAAACACACCUUGAAAAACAAGAUAGAGGGUGCUGACAGUGAUCAUCCACUAGACCAGUGUUUCUCAACCUCCGGUCCAUGAGCUGUUGGGUAUUAGUCUGUCACAUGUAGAGGGGUGGGGCCUGGGAUCCAUGGAGCCUGGGCAAGCUCUCCGGAGCUUAUUUCUAGGCAGGCUGCCCUCGCUGCUGGAUAAUGUUCAUUUAGCUUCCUCAAAUGAACAUUAUCCAGCAACAAUGGCUGCCUGGAAAUGAGCUCUUGAGAGCUCCCGGUGGUGGCCCCUACCGGCCCAAAAUUGUUUUGUGGGGCCUGGAGUGACCCCUUUACUAACUGCUGGUGCAGGAAACUGCACAUGAAGAAUGUACCAGUCCAUGAUGCCAAAAAUGUUGAGAAACACUGAGCUAGACUCCCAGGUCGAAUAAGUGUUUUUCCUCCUACCUUAUUCAGCAGCUGGGUGCAGUUUUUAUUUUAAAGGAAUGAAAAACACAGAGGAAAUAAUACAUUAAAUAUAUCAUCUCCUGGGGCCCUGAGUUCUGCAAGACACAGUAAAGUGGCCACACUGAGAGGAAGCACUUGGGCAAGGGCAUGUUUGACCCAUCAUGUCUCACGUGCACUACAUUACUUUGUCCAAUAUAAGUGAAUUGCUAUACUGAAAAUAUAUUUUGGGGACACUUCAGAGGCAUUUUACUAGAGACUCAGAAGUUGUGACUUGUAUCCAUUGUUUUGAAUACUAAAACAUUAAAAAUUGUGUUGAAUUUUCUGUUUAUCUAUCAUGUGCAUAUAAAGUGUUAUCAGUGAUAACUAUUAAUACAAUAUCUGAAGUA